AUGGUGCAAUAUAAAAAACACAUUGAGGCAAAACAAGGAGAUUCUGAUCUUAGUCCAAAGCGCCUAUGGGGGACAAAACUUUGCAAAUCGAAGAUAUAUCUAAUACCCAAAAUUGGGUCAUUGCGAAUGCAAAUCAAUGUAGGAAAGGAGACAUACAACGGCGGAGGACGGGAUGCGAGUGACGAGAAUGAGGAUAGCGAAGGACGGGCCAGAAAGUCUUCGUGGCAGAGGCCAAGCGGCCCGUCAAUAGUGGGCCAUUCUAAUCUUCGUCGGGAUGAAAAGGCGUCGUUGGCGGUGGUGGUGGUGAGAGGAAUGCUGGUGGCCGCGUCGGACGGAGGACUCGGAGAAUCGCUGUCCAUUUUUUGGGGUAAAGGUACAUGGACAAGUCGAAACAAACUAUCUUGCACGUUGUGGGAAGAAAAGGUUGAUGAAAUAAUGCCUUCAAUAUUAUACCGCGAAAUCGGACAUGUUGUGGCCAAAGUUGUUGGAGUCAACGGUUUGUGCAACGGUACACGUUUGGUAUAA